AUGGCUGCUGCAACAGAAGUAAGAGUCGAAACUAGAGAACCAGAAGAACUUUUAGAACCUCUCAUGUGCAAGGUAAAGCAUUCAUUCUUCUCCCUUUUGUCUCGCUAUUUCUCACUCCAGCAGAAAUUAGAUAAUUUUCUUAAUGCUUCUGUUUAUCAGAGCUGUGUGCUGAAAGUCUCCAUUCAUUGCCAAGGCUGCACAAGGAAAGUAAAGAAAAUUCUGCAAAGCAUAGACGGUGUUUAUUGCACGUCAAUUGAUUUGAAGCAACAAAAGGUGGUGGUAAAGGGGAACGUGGACAGCGAGACUCUGAUUAAGAAAUUAACGGAGACAGGGAAACGCGCAGAACUGUGGCCCGACCAACCCGAAGUGAAGAAGAAAAAAAAGAAAAAGAAAAAAAAGAAGAAGAAGGGAAACACAGAGAACAAAGAGAAACCAAGCGAACAAGAAAGCAGCGAAGAAAGCAACCAAAGCGGUGACGAAAACAACAACAUCAACAACAGCGAAAAGGAAGCUAUUAAGGUGGUGGUUCAAGACACGGGAAAAAACAUGGAAGGUGGCAACAUGAUCAGAAACAGCGAAGGGUUUUUCAACGUUAACAGAAUGGGUGAAGCAACCGCAACCGGCUUAGCCGGUGUGCAGUUCCAAGACCCGAGGAUGGAGUUGAGGCAAGGCAUGACUUUGGCACCCGGUUACCAGUCAUCGAUGGGAGAGAGAAGGGUUACCAUCAACGUCCCGGGAAUGAACGAAAACGGAGGAGCGAACGAGGGUGGGUGCGGAGGGAAAAAGUCAAAAAGUAAGGGGCAAAAAGGGAAUGUUGUCAUCAACGGUAACGAGGGUGUUACUGUGGUUGAACAACACCCUGGUGGAGAAUGGAACCCAAACGCGAACCAGAUGCCUUGUGGUCAUGGACAUGGGCCGGGCCCAGGGAUGGUUACUAUUUCGGGCCCACCCAAUGAGAGUUCCCCACGUCAUCAGUUCCCACCGCACUAUCAUGCACCCGCAUCUCCGGUGUACGGUGGAACCCACCCAUCAACAGCGUAUCCCACCGUGACCCGCUACGGCACCGCGUAUUAUACGUCCCCACAACCGUAUUCAUAUUCUCCAUUGUAUCGGUGCGUUGGGUGCGAGUCAGACUCAGAAACUUACACCUCACCUUCACCACCCUCUUAUUCCUUCGAAUUAUUCAGCGAUGAAAAUCCCAAUGCAUGUUUUGUCAUGUGA